UGCUAAACACUAGUGAGUGUGUGUUGUUCUCUUCAGUUAGUUUAAUCACACACAGAUAAAGUAAAACCUUUCCCCCACCCAACACCCGCUUUUUCUUUAUUAUACUUAUCUUUUUCUUCUUUCUUUCCUCUUUAAUUUCUCAAUUUUCUUUUUCCCCUUUCCUUUUUACAAGUAAUACAAGCGAAAAGAGAGAGAGAAAGGAAACAAGAACUGGAAAAAAGACUCAAUCUUUACUGUGUAUAGUUAAGGGGGGCUGCUUUGAUGGAUCUAUAGAUCUAACACUUUCAGACCCACAUGGAUUGUUAUGUCUUUUUUCAGAUCUCAGUCAUUAUCAGUUGAAAAGAUUCAGUAACUGACCAGAAAAAAGAUAGCAUAAUAAAGGCCUAAUUGCAUCAAAAUCUUAUCUUUAUAUUAUUUUUCAAGAAGGUAAUUCUCUCUAAGCUGUAAACAUUAUUUGAUUUGUGUGCUUUCUAUAUUAUGAAUUACUGUUGUUUUGUUCAUUUGGGGGGUAUGUGAGUAUAGGAUUGACUGGUUUUCAUUGUAGACUGUAGUGUGUAAUUUUACCCCAAUUUGCUUCUUGUGAUUGCUGAUGUAGUCUUCAUAUCUUGGAAAUUGCUAGGAUGUUGGUCAUGAUUUUUUUGAUAAACUAGCAACCUUAACUCUCGAUUUAAGUAUUCGCGCUUUGAUUCAUGAUUUGAAGCUUCCAAUAAGUGUAUAUGAUGUAUUUAGACUCGUGCUUCUGUUCGGUUUAGGACCCGAGGGGCUCGGGAGCAUUUCGGCGGCACCGUUGCAUGAUAAUUGGAACAUUAGGAUCCUUAAGUUUCACUUGAGUCUUCAUUUUUAGUUGUUGCAUUUCGCUUCGUGUUUUGAGCCUUUGGAUAAGUCCAAUAUAGGGUAUUUCGACUUGUCGGGAUGUGUUCGUGUCGGUUGGGCAUACUCUCGAAUAAUUCCAAAGGGUAUUUGCUGCCUCCCACCAGCACGGGUACUGGGUGACUAUCUACGAAGGCCCAGACAUAUGCGAAGAAAUCACCUAGUAUUGGAUUUGAACCUGAGACCUCAUAGUUCUUAACCUACUUCAUUGGUUAUUCUUCUUUGGUGUUGAAAUUGAACUUUGGAACUCUCUGUUUUACUAAGUAGAUUUAUUUCUUUUUGUUAAAGCUAUGAUCUUUUCUCUACCUUCACUAGGUAGGGGUAAGGGGUAAGGUCUGCAUACACUCUACCCUAACAGACCCCACCUGUUGGGAAUACAGUGGAUCUGUUGUUGCUGUAAAGGUAUGAUCUUUUCCCAAUUCUGUGUUUCUUGAAGUGGUUGUAUAGCUGAACUUCUUGUUAUAUUUGCUUGUUUCCUGUUUGCAGGAUAAGAGAGUAAUAACCAAAUUAGAGUUUAGUUAGACUGCUCUUGUAUCCAUAUUCUGGCUGUUGAAGAAUUGGAGGUAGAGCAGAGGUGAAAUGAAAUGAGGGAUGUUAUCAAGACUGAUAAAUUUCCUGAGGGCCUGUUGGCGGCCAUCAUCAGACCGUUCUGUAUAUGCUGGUUCGGAUGCAGCUGGACGGCAAGAUGGACUUUUUUGGUAUAAGGACAGUGGUCAACACUUGAUUGGCGAGUUCUCAAUGGCAGUAGUACAGGCCAAUAAUUUGCUGGAGGAUCAAAGCCAGAUCGAGUCGGGCUCUCUGAGCUUGCUUGAUUCGGGCCCGUACGGUACAUUUGCUGGGAUAUAUGAUGGUCAUGGUGGACCUGAAACAUCACGGUAUAUAAAUGAUCACCUCUUUCAGCAUCUCAAGAGGUUUGCAGCUGAACAAAAUUGUAUGUCUGUGGAUGUAAUACGAAAAGCAUUUCAAGCAACAGAAGAGGGAUUCUUUUCUCUGGUUGCAAAGCAAUGGCCAACGAAGCCGCAGAUAGCUGCUGUUGGGUCUUGCUGUCUUGUUGCUGUGAUCUGCAAUGGCACCCUUUAUGUUGCUAAUGUAGGUGAUUCCCGAGCUGUUUUAGGAAGGCUUGUGAAGGCUACGGGGGAGGUUCUUGCGAUCCAGCUUUCAGCUGAGCAUAACGCGAGUAUUGAAUCUGUCAGACAAGAGUUGCAUUCAAUGCAUCCAGAUGACUCACAGAUAGUGGUUUUGAAGCAUAACGUAUGGCGUGUCAAGGGUCUGAUUCAGAUUUCGAGAUCUAUUGGUGAUAUAUACCUUAAAAAGGCUGAAUACAACAGGGAGCCUUUGUAUGCAAAGUUUCGGUUAAAGGAACCUUUUAAAAGGCCCAUACUGAGCGCUGAUCCAUCAAUUACAGUUCAAGAACUCGAACCGCAUGAUCAAUUUCUCAUAUUAGCUUCUGAUGGUCUUUGGGAACAUCUUAGCAAUCAAGAGGCAGUUGAUAUAGUACAAAAUAACCCCCGAAGCGGAAGCGCUCGGAGGCUUGUAAAAACUGCGUUGCAUGAAGCAGCAAAGAAGAGGGAGAUGAGAUAUUCUGAUUUGAAGAAGAUCGAUCGUGGUGUUAGGAGGCAUUUUCACGAUGAUAUCUCAGUCAUAGUUGUGUUUCUAGAUUCAAAUCUUGUAAGUAGGGCGAGCUCGCUGAGGGGGCCCACUUUAUCUCUCAGAGGAGGUGGUAUGAACUUUCCAGCAAAAAGUUUGGCUCCCUGUGCUACUCCCAUAGAACUCGGUACCACUUAAAAACUUUUUACUCUGUUGUAUACUCUGCUGUAUCCACAAAAACUUCCUUGUGAGAGCAUCUUUGUAGUAGAUAGAAUUAAAGAGAAACGAUAGAAGAUGCACUAAUUUAUUCUUUUUAUGUACAAUGUUAUGUUUAACUUGAAACACAGGUGCCUUGUUUAGUUUUCGAGCAGCAAAGAGAAUGAAAGAAAGAAUUUCUCUACA